CAGCUCUUAGCAGAAAACAUGGCACCCACCAGUAAGGCGAAGUCCUCUCCGCAGACACCAAAGCAAGAUGAUAGCCUGUCCAAGAUUUACUUGGUGGCUUAUAAUGUUGCUCAGAUAAUGGGAUGGAGUGCAAUUAUGCUGGCAAUAUGCAACCACUGGGUGACCAAUAAGAGUGUGACCAGGGUUUACGAGGAUGUGGCGCCACUACUUAACAUCUUCCAGACUGCAGCUCUUCUAGAGAUCCUACACUGUGCCUUGGGUCUGGUGAGAUCAAAUGUCGUCCUAACAGCAUUCCAGGUGUUUUCCCGUAUCUUCCUUACCUGGGGCAUUGCCUACAGUAUUCCAGAGAUACAGACAACAGUUGGUGUAUUCAUGUUUAUCUUUGCGUGGACAGUUACAGAAAUUGUGAGAUAUUCAUUCUACUUCUCUGGACUUUUAGGGAUGGUCCCCUAUCCUCUACAAUGGUGCAGGUACACGUUUUUCCUGGUGCUUUAUCCUGUCGGUGUGUCGGGAGAACUGCUGUCCAUCUUUGCCAGCCUACCGUACGUGAAGGAGAAGAAGCUGUACUCUGUGUCUCUCCCGAACAGUUACAACGUGUCAUUUAGUUACUACUCCUUCCUCAUAUGUGCCAUGUGUACCUACCUACCAGUAUUUCCACAACUUUUCAUGCACAUGGUUGCACAAAGGAAAAAGGUCAUUGGUGGUGCCAGUAAAAAGAAAGAGUAAUAACUCCCUCUCAGGUCCCUCAACCAGGGAGUUUUAUACUGCCAAGGACAGAAAAACUCCCUCAACCAGAGUUUUGUACUGCCAAGGACAGAACGACUUCCUCUUGGCUUGAAUGUGAUCAAUUAUGCAUGCUGUACACAAUAUUUUAAUGGAUGACGACGAGUGUUUGUAAUAAUCGGAUCAGGUUGUUGUACAUAAAAUAACUAAGCCAUGUGAAGUGUUGUCAUUUCAUUUCAACAAGUUUUAUUAUUCAGUAACAAGUGUUGUCAGUUGUAUGUCAAUCAAAUAAUUAUUUCAGGAGUAGAUAAUAGGUAUGUUGUUCAGUGUCACUCUCUGUUACAAUUCUGUACUAGUGAUAGGCCAAUGCUGGGUAUACAGCCCAUCUCCUUUUAAACAUAUUUUACAUCAAGAAUUAUGUCUGGAAAUAAACAGGUAUUAGAUGUAUAGGAAGAGUUUGGAAAGAGUUCCAACAUGUGGACUUCCUUUACUCUUUAACUUAUUCACCCCUGAAGACACAUUUGAGCUAUUCAGAUAUUCAAAGAUUGAAAUAGUUCAUUAUGAAAUUUUAGGGAUGAAUGAGUUAAUAUUUCUACAGCGGAUCUCUAAGUCUGGUCACUGGUAUGAUUUUGUAACAUUGCGAUAACACUGAAUUUAGCACAAUAUUGCACCUCAAGCAUGUCAAACGUUCUUGUGAGGUGUAAAAUUUGAGUCAUGGAAAAUUCCAUGAAAUUAUUUAACUGAAAUCAUCAACUGUUGUAAUGUUUUUAUAAUCAGGAAGCAUAUCAUAUUUUGCCUAUUUCUAUAAUUAUGUAAUAUUGAUUUUGUUAAUAUAUUUUCUUACAUUAUAGAUGUGCUUUAACAUUGAAAUAGAUUAAUAUCAGUGCUAUUGUUUUUAGGUUUAUUAGAAAAGAUAUAUUCAUUAACUUGUUUAAUAAAUCAUUCAAAUAG